UUAAAGGAGAAUUAAAAAUAGUGACUCCAAAGAACAAAAUAACACAGAAGAGAGAAAACAGCACUCAAAAAGCCCCCAGAAAGGGGUAGCAGGUUGUUUGACACACAUGGGCACAGAAGAUUAUGAACAGUGAAGACAAUGAAGAGUGGGACAUCCAUCAAAGAGUAACAACCUCUCAUAAGGUGACUCGUGUGAGCUCAUGAGGCUCCUGUAUAGGCCAGACUCAGCUAGGAUGUUACACCACCACUGCAGGAGGAACCCUGAGCUACAGGAAGAGUUGCAGAUCCAGGCUGCCGUGGCCGCCGGCGAUGUCCACACCGUGCGCAAGAUGCUGGAGCAGGGAUAUUCUCCAAACGGUCGCGAUGCCAAUGGCUGGACCUUGCUUCAUUUCUCUGCAGCGAGAGGCAAGGAGAGAUGUGUCCGUGUUUUUCUGGAACAUGGAGCUGAUCCCACAGUUAAGGACUUAAUUGGAGGCUUCACUGCUCUGCAUUACGCAGCCAUGCAUGGCCGGGCGAGGAUCGCGCGCCUGAUGCUGGAAUCCGACUACAGGAGUGACAUUAUCAAUGCCAAGAGCAACGACGGCUGGACUCCCCUGCACGUCGCUGCUCACUACGGCAGAGACUCCUUUGUCAGGCUGCUCCUGGAGUUCAAGGCUGAGGUUGAUCCACUCAGUGAUAAAGGUACUACACCACUCCAGCUGGCCAUUAUCCGGGAGAGGUCAAGCUGUGUGAAAAUCCUCCUGGACCACAAUGCCAACAUCGACAUUCAGAAUGGUUUCCUGUUACGAUACGCUGUGAUCAAAAGCAAUCACUCGUACUGCCGAAUGUUCCUCCAGAGAGGGGCCGAUACAAACUUGGGGCGCUUGGAAGAUGGACAGACACCCUUACACUUGUCUGCUCUUAGAGAUGAUGUGCUUUGUGCACAAAUGUUGUAUAAUUACGGAGCAGACACUAACACAAGGAACUAUGAAGGACAGACCCCACUGGCUGUUUCAAUAAGAAUUUCUGGAAGUAGCCGACCCUGUCUGGAUUUCUUACAAGAAGUGACAAGACAGCCCAGAAACUUGCAAGAUCUAUGCCGAAUUAAAAUCCGUCAGUGUAUAGGCCUUCAAAACCUCAAACUGCUUGAUGAACUACCCAUUGCCAAGGUCAUGAAAGACUACUUAAAACACAAAUUUGAUGAUAUCUGAUACCCAUGAAGAGAGGAACUCUGAGCAAGUUUAGUUCUAUUCCAGAUACUGAAGAGGCUUGUUGCCUUGCACAAAGUAUAUCCUAUGCAAAUUCUGAUUUUUCUGUGAAGUCAGAAGGCAGGUAUACACUUCCUUGGGUUUUUUAUACCACAUGCUAGAAGGUCUUAAUUUUUGGUUUCUUGGUCCAAGUUUACAAGGUCCAAGCUUUCUAUACAAUAUUGCAUUUUCAAAAUUGCUGUUGGUUUUCUGUUUGUUUUCACAUUAUGACUUGCUGGGGAGAUGGAAGGCAGCCCCUCGAGGGAAGUGGCUGGUUUGAGUUGGCAUGCUGAGCAAUGAUACAAAAAUAGAAAAGUUUGGAAAUCAAGGCACCAGUCCUGCAAAAGGAUACAGAUAAAUCUCCAGAGCCCUGUUUGUUAGGACCUCUGGCUCUGCCAGGUGUUUGUUUUUGCAGGACAGAGGGAAGAGGAGAUAAUCAACUUUUCCUUGGGUACUGGAUGAAUAUAAUUGGAAAUUGAGAAAAAAAAAUGCAGUUACCUUGUUCAAUUUGAGGGGUCUAUACAUUGGUUUUUUGGGGGGUGGGGUUUUGGUAUUUUUCUUUUCCUAAUUACUGUAGUUGGGAUGCCCAGAAAAUUCAGGCCCUUUCCCAACAUUCCCUGUUGAAUGGGCUGUUUGUAAGUCUGUUUUUACCAGUGACAGUACACUACAGAGAGGCUGUCUUAGGGUGACUAAGAGGCAAAGUCUCAGUAUUUUUUACAUUAACUUGAGAGGAAACAAAUUUAGAUUUUUUUGAAGCCAAUGUAUUCUGUUGCUCAUUCAGUGCCUCCUGUGCAAUAAUCUCUGUAUUUUCCCUUGAUGUGUGAUUCCCCCACUAUUCCUUAUUUAGGUUCAGUGCAUUAUUUGUGAGAGCAGGAGCUGCUGCCUCACUGUAGUGUUGAUGUGGCAUUACAGCAAUGAUGCAGCAAUUGCUGUUCAUUAUUACUCCCUGAAUUUCAUGAAUGUAUUACCUGCUUUAUUUCACUUUCAAUUGAAAUUUUGUCUACGGGUUCUCAGCCAAAUUGUGUCCACUUUGAAGAAAAAAAAAAAGUAAAUUGUUCAAACCAUUUUGUUUAAAAACCAGUGUGAGGGACAGGGGCUGUUUUGAUUGCUCUGAAAUUCAGGUUUUUUCAGGUUAGAGAGUGGGAAGUGCACAUAAGUUACUAAGAAGAAAAGCCCCACUGACAUUGAAAGUUCAAAUUUUGCAAUUAAUCUGAAAGCAGAAACUGAGAGGAGUGCUGAAAUCUGGCUACUGAAUGUGUCUUUCAAACCAGGUAUUAAAAGAUCUGUUGCAGAGUUUUGUUUCUGAUCAUAGGAAAAAAUUAAUUUCUUGAUCAAAAGAUUGGGCCAAAAUGUUCAGUUGUUUCCCUCUCUUUAUUUUCAAGGCAUUACAGACUCAGCAUAAGAUUCUUGCCAGUGUUCUCUACUUUUAUUUUGGCAUCUGCCUGGCUCCAAAAGAGCCCCUCUGAUAGUAGGAGUGCUUUUGCACCAACUGAAGUGAGAGAUGAAAGGAAUGAUGAUGGAUUUUUAAGUUUCACACUGUCACUUUCAGAAUACUUAGUAUUAAAAAUAGGAAAAGCAAGGUAAGGCAGGUAAAUUCAUAUUAUUUAACUCUGUUAGUUCCUUUUAAUAUUUGAUAAGCCUGGACUGCAGCUCCCUGAGAAUGAACCUUAUCACUGCUAAUGGAUGCACCGGAACCAUGGCAAGCAAGGAGGAUUAUCUGUCCCUAUUGUGCCUGGCAUUGCAUCAGGUUUCCAAACAAUAAGGGAUUUUGGAGAUUCAUGGCUCAGAGGCUUGGGAAUGGGGUGUUGAACCUUUUUUAUCUCCAGCUUGUACCGGUUCAAGUCCAGCUGCUGGAGCAGUGACCAAAAGUUCACAUCUCAGCAGUGUGAGUGAGCAAGUCCAACCUAACACCCUGCACUGGGUUGUAGAGCUUGUAGUGCUUCCUCCUGGUUGUAUCUGUGGAGUAGGGACAAGCUGUGGGGUGUGAGCAGGAACUCGAGUAUUCUUGGCCCCUGUGGAGGGAAGAUCAGCCAUUCCAAUCUUUGAGCUCUCCAGUGCUGAGACAGGGCAGACUGGCAGGUUUGAACACCAAUCUUCCAUUUUCUGACAGGAAAUCAGAAUCUUAAAACUGUUUUCUUUAAAAAAAAAAUAAAACAAAAAUAAAAGAGACUUAGUAUUGUUCACUACACUUGUAAGUUGGUCUAAACCAAUGUCCUUCCCCAGUGAAUUUUUACAGUAAUAUUUUCUAAGGUAAUCUAGAGUAUAUUUUAGUUGCAAUCUAUAUUGAGGCAAAUUAUUUGUUCUGUCUGUUGCUGUGACUGAAGAAAAUUAUGGAAGACUUUGUUGGUAACAAGAAUGCUAUUUAAUGAAGAAAUGUGUAAUUCCAUUA